AUUAAUCAAAGCCACACCCCAAACCUUUCACACCCAGCAACCAAGCUUCCUUUUCUGACUCCCUCUCGGUAUCCUCCCUACCACUCCCUCAUUCAUGAUAACUAUGAGCAACACUGCAUUUUGCCGUGAAAACAAGGUAACAGAACCAAAACCAAUCUCUCUGAAAUCCUCCAUCUCUGUCAUGAAGACAGUCCAGAUCCAACCUUUUCUCCUCCCCCUCCUUUUAUUCUUCUCCCUCUCGUUUCUGGAGGCUGGAGCACAGAGCGAAGCACAAGCUCUCCUCAAAUGGAAGUCCAGCUUGCUUCAGCCAGAUGCUCUGAGCUCAUGGUCCCUUGCCAACUCUACCAGCCCAUGCAGAUGGUUUGGUGUCCGCUGCAACUCCGCAGGCAGCAUCGUGCAGCUGAGCCUACCCAAUGCCAACCUCGACGGCACCCUCGAUGAAUUAGAUUUUGCUUCUCUGCCCAGCCUCACCAAGCUUGACCUCAAUACCAACCUCCUCAACGGCUCCAUUCCUUCAAAUAUCUCUGUUCUCUCCAACCUCACCUCUUUAGACCUCAGCAGCAACAACUUCGUUGAAUCCAUUCCGCCAGAGAUCGGUCAGCUCUCCGAGAUGCUCGACCUCCGUCUCUACAACAACAAUCUCGCUGGGCCGAUCCCAUAUCAGCUCAGCAAUCUCCGAAAGGUACGCCACUUUGAUCUUGGAUCCAAUUACUUGGAGAACCCAGACUACACCAAGUUCACCCCAUUGCCUUCAGUGACGCACUUAUCUCUAUACCUCAACAGUUUGACAGGGAAAUUCCCACCAUUCGUACUCAACUGCACCAAUUUAUCGUACCUUGACCUCUCGCAGAACAACCUGACGGGUAAAAUACCCGACUCGUUGUCGACCAAGCUAGUUUAUCUCGAGUCCCUGAAUCUUACCUCUAACUUCUUUAAAGGAGUCAUUCCCGUUUCCCUCGCAAAUUUGCCGAGGCUUCAAAACCUUCAUCUUGGAUCGAAUAAUCUCACCGGAGGGAUCCCGCCUAUCCUCGGGUCCAUCUCCGGCCUUCAAUUGCUCGAACUCUAUAACAAUCCACUUGGUGGACCGAUCCCUUCUUCUCUAGGACAGCUGAGGAUGCUUGAGCGCAUCGAUAUCAAAGCAGCAGCAUUGAACUCCACUAUUCCUCCGGAGCUCGGCCAGUGUACUAAUAUCACCUACCUUGAGCUGUCCCUUAAUCAACUCACAGGUGGCCUGCCACAAUCCUUCUCGGAGCUAACCAAAAUGAGCGAGUUCGGGAUCUCGAGCAAUUUGCUCUCUGGUGAGAUCUCGCCGGACUUCUUCACAAAUUGGACGGAGCUUAUUUCCUUUCAGAUACAGAACAACGAGUUCGUUGGGCGAAUCCCACCGGAGAUUGGAUCGGCCACAAAGCUGCAAAUCCUAUUCCUCUACAACAACAACCUAUCAGGUCUAAUCCCUCCAGAGAUUGGGAGGUUGGCCGACUUGCAGGUGUUAGAUCUGUCGGCAAAUAUUCUUAGCGGUCCAAUCCCCAAAACAAUAGGAAACCUCACACAGCUCACUUCCCUGGCCCUCUUCUACAACAGCCUGAACGGUGCAAUCCCAGCAGAGAUCGGAAACAUGACGGCACUGGCUAAUCUAGACUUCAACACCAACCAAUUGGAGGGGGAGCUGCCGGCCACCAUUGCUCAGCUUCCAAAUCUUGAGCUCAUAUCAGUCUUCGACAACAACCUCAGCGGUGGCAUCCCUCGAGACCUCGGCCAGAAUGGGCGUCUGUACAAUGUCAGCUUUUCAAACAAUAGCUUCUCAGGGGAAUUGCCUCCAGAUUUAUGCAAAGGCUUCGCUCUUCAACACUUCACAGCGGAUCACAACAACUUCACAGGCUCGCUCCCGGCGUGCUUGCGCAAUUGCUCGGGACUUGGACGAGUCCGGUUGGAGUCGAACCACUUCACUGGAGACAUAUCAGAAGCUUUCAGCGUCCAUCCUAUACUAAACUACUUGGAUCUCAGCGGCAAUCAGUUCAUGGGCACGCUCUCUCCAGACUGGGGCGAAUGCAAGAAUCUCACGUACUUGCACAUGGAUGGUAACAGCAUCUCUGGCGACAUUCCUGCGGCAUUCGGGAACACGACCAACUUACAGGACCUGAGCUUAGCUUCCAACUUAUUGUCCGGAGCAAUCCCACCUCAACUGGGGAACUUGAGUCUCUUAUACAAGCUCAAUUUGAGCAGUAAUCAGUUAUCAAGCUCCAUUCCUUCAGAGUUAGGUGAUCUUCCCCAGCUCGCUUAUCUUGAUCUUUCAGAAAACAAACUCACCGGUCCGAUACCAACCAAGCUUGGCAAUCCAGAGCGUCUUAUAUUGUUGGAUUUAAGCAGGAAUAACCUAUCUGGAGAGAUACCAUAUCAGCUUGGCAAUUUGGCGGCUCUUCAAAUCCUGUUAGAUUUGAGUGGCAAUUCCCUCUCUGGACAGAUUCCUUCUAAUCUAGAUAAGCUCGCAUAUCUGCAGGCGCUCAAUCUGUCCCACAAUGAUCUCUCCGGUCAAAUUCCACCAGCUUUGGCCCGUAUGUCCAGCUUAGAGUCUGUGGACUUCUCUUACAACAGUCUAACAGGAGCCAUUCCGGGGGGAAAGGCCUUCAAGAAUGCCUCUUCCUUUGCUGGAAACAAAGGGCUAUGUGGAAAUGUGAGAGGACUGCGUUCCUGCGAGUCUAGUUCCUCUGGUGGUGGUUCUCACAAGGAUCAUAAGAAACUCAUCAUUGCUAUUGUUGUUCCAGUUGUGGGAGUUCUGGUACUGGCAAUUGGAGUUACAACUAUUCUUCUAGCUUGCAGGAAGAGACGGCGUGGAAAGUUGGAGAUGGAGAACGCCGCCAGGGAGACAUCCCAGUCAUUGAUAUGGGAAAGAGAAGGAAAGUUCGCAUUUUCAGAUAUCAUGAAUGCCACAGAUGACUUCAGCGAAGUCUUCUGCAUUGGAAAGGGAAGCUUCGGGAUCGUUUACAAAGCUGAGCUAUCGUCGGGUUAUGUAGUCGCUGUGAAACGCAUCCAAAUAUCGGACCCUGAUGAGGUUCCAGAGGCAAACAUAAAGAGCUUCGAAAACGAGAUCCGAGCUCUUACAGAGGUGAGGCACCGAAACAUAGUGAAGUUGCAUGGGUUUUGUUUGAAGGGAGGGAACAUGUACCUGGUGUACGAGUACUUGGAGAGGGGAAGCUUGGGGAAGGUGUUGUAUGGGCAAGAAGAGGGGAAGAAGUUUGAUUGGGCUAUGAGGGUGAAGGUUCUUCAGGGUGUGGCUCAUGCCUUGGCCUAUUUGCACCAUGACUGCAACCCACCUAUUGUGCACCGGGAUAUAACGGUGAACAAUAUCUUGUUGGAGUCAGAGUUUGAGCCUCGUGUCUCUGAUUUUGGGACUGCGAAGUUGCUGAAUCCAAAUUCUUCCAAUUGGACCUCGGUAGCAGGAUCUUAUGGCUAUAUGGCACCGGAGCUAGCUUACACGAUGAAGGUCACAGAUAAAUGUGAUGUAUAUAGCUUCGGAGUGGUGGCGCUCGAAGUCAUGAUGGGGAAGCACCCAGGAGAACUUAUUUCCUCUUUGCCAUCUUUGGCUUCAUCAGAGGGAAAGGACGUGCUGCUGAUGGAUGUUUUGGACCAAAGGUUAGUGCCUCCAACAGGCCAAUUAGCAGAGGAGGUGGUCUUCAUCAUAAAGGUAGCCCUAGCAUGCACUCGGACCGAUCCAGAAUCUCGACCUUCAAUGCGUUUUGUAGCGCAGGAGUUAUCUGCUCACACACAAGCCUAUCUCCCUGAACCAUUGCGAAUGAUCACAAUCAGCAAGCUGACUUCCUUCCAGAAAUGAUCUGUCUUCUGAAACAGUGAAGGCUCUGCUUGCCUCUAGAAUCACAAGGAAGAGGACUUUGUGCAUAAUAGUCCUUGCAAAUCUUGAAGAGUACCUCUGGAAUCACAAGGAAGAGGACUUUGUGCAUGAUAGUCCUUGGAAAUCUUGAAGAGUAAAAGGGGCCUCAGAUUGCCUUUUAUGAAAUGAUUCAUGAAUAUGUCUCAGCAUUGCAUGAUGGGGAAGGAAGAUAGGCAUUUGCCUGUAGUUAGUGGCAAAUGGUUGUAGAAAAUGGCUCACCAACUAUCACUGGGUGAAGAUAGUUGGACUUAUUACAACUUAAAAUCAUGCACAAUCUCGUCUCUCAUUGUAUAUACGAUAUUAGGUAUCACAGCUGCCACAUAUUGUAUACUCAAUAUUAGUAUAUCAGCUCAGAUCAAUCUCCAAAAAUUAUGGGAUCUGAUUGUCAUAUUCAAAUUUAGUAUUUAUAUUUAAUCAUAUGAUUUUGUUAUUGUAUUAUACUAUAUUUGGUCACUAGUAUUUUUCUCGU